AUGCCUUCAAGACUUGACCUCUCCUUGGCCUCAGGCCUUGUGGCAUUAGCCUCCUUCGCGGCCGCCGGACCCUGCGAUAUCUACGCCACUGGGAAAACGCCCUGCGUUGCUGCCUUUUCCACCACUCGUGCCUUGUACUCAAACUACAACGGCAAUUUGUACCAAGUCAAGCGUGGAUCUGACAACACCACGCAAAUUAUCAAACCCCUCGCAGCCGGUGGAGUCGCGAAUGCAGGCACACAAGACACUUUCUGCCAAAGCACAACAUGUCUCAUUACCAUCAUCUACGACCAGUCCGGCAACGGUAACAAUCUGCAGCAAGCUCCCGGUGGUGGCGCGGGUAAUGGCCCAGCCCCUGGGGGCUAUGAUAACCUGGCCGUAGCUACCAGUGCUCCAGUCACCGUCAAUGGUACUAAGGCGUAUGGCGUCUUCAUUCAACCGCAGACUGGCUAUCGACAGGACAAGACUAAGAACAUAGCCACGUACGAUCAACCGGAGGGGAUGUACGCAGUCCUCGAUGGGACACAUUGGAACUCGGACUGUUGCUUUGACUUUGGCAACGUCGAAGUAGGGGCAAAUACUGACAAUGGCAAUGUACAUAUGGAGACCCUCUUCCUAGGUGGGAAAGUCCCCUAUAAUGGUGGUUAUGGCGAUGGAAGUGGACCAUGGAUCAUGUCCGACAUGGAGAACGGCGUGUUCUCGGGAGUGAAUCUAGGCUACAACAGUGAGCCCACAGUGAACUACCGGUUCACUACUGCGAUAAUGAAGGGUCAACACAACCAGUGGGCGCUUCGAGGCGGUAAUGCCGUCUCUGGCGGUCUGUCGAUCUACUACAGUGGCGUACGCCCAAGCGGUGGCUAUUUAAACAUGAGCAAAGAAGGAGGAAUCGUCCUGGGCGGUGUGUUGACCUCUGGGUAUCCUCUGGACAACAUCGAAGCCUACGUCCAAGCGGACAUCGUCCAAAACGCCAAGUAUACCACAGCCUCCCAGACUAGCGGUGCAGCGGUCGAACCAGGCUCUACAGUCUCCCUACAGACCACAUCGUCUGGCUCCACCAAGCGUGGCAUUUUCUCCCGAGCCACCAACAGCUACAUCUCCCACGCCCUCAACGACAGCACGAUCAUCACCCAACAAAUCACCUCCACAAGCAACACCGCCCUCAAACAAUCCGCCAGCUGGACCGUCCACUCCGGCCUAGGCAACAGCGCCUGCAUCUCCUUCGAAUCCGUCGACGUCCCCGGCAGCUUCAUCCGCCACUCCAACGCGGGCCUCAAGAUCAGCUCCGACGACGGGACGAAGCUCAUGCACGAAGACGCUACUUUCUGCCCUCAGACUGGUCUUAACGGUCAGGGGAACUCGAUCAAGUCUUGGAGUUAUCCGACCAAGAUGGUGAGGGUCUAUCAGGGGAAGGUGUACAUUGCGGAUAAUGGGGGCCCGAAUCCGUUUGAUUUGCUGCAGGGGUAUAAUGAUGAUGCGAGCUUUGUGGUUGGGGAUAGUUGGGCUUGA